CAUCUCCUUGUAUGUUGUGAGAAAGUACCCCAGGUUGUCCUGCAUUUCAAUUAAAAACAUCUGUGCACAUCUGUGAGCUCUGAAGCCUCCACAGUGCCCCCGGUGAUGACUCUGUGCUCUGCCUCCACAGCUCCGCUGAAAACAGCCCAGAGAAAGUCAAGAGCAAGGGCUCGGCGCUGAAUGAUGACCUCAGCGGGAGCAGCAGCGGUUCAGUGGAGGUCAGUGCGCUGCUGGCCGAGCCCAGGGUCUCUGGCCACUAUCACACACAUGCGCUGACCUCAGAUGAGAGUCUGGACAUGAUUGAUGACGAGGUUCUAGAUGACGGGCAGCCACCAAAGCAGCACCACUGGCAGAACCAGAGUGUCUCCGACUGGACCUGCCAGCAGGUGGGGCGCUGGCUCACAGGCCUGAGCCUGGAGAAAUACAUCCCAGAAUUCACUGCCAAGAACGUGGAUGGAGAACAGCUGCUGCAACUGGAUAGCGGUGCCCUGAAGGAUCUGGGCGUGGAGUCUCUGUUGGACCGAGGCCUGAUCAAGAAGAAGCUGAAGGACUUGAAGGCAAUAAUGGAGAAGGCCCGGCGCAACCGCGAGAAGCUGGAGAAGCAGCGCGAGAAGCUGCGGAAGAAGGAGCAGGAGCAGCUGCAGAAGCAGACCCGCAAAUCCAGCAGGAGCUCCUCCGAUCCACCAGAGGGCGCCACAGACUAACUGCACCACUGAAAACGCAGAGAGGGAGAAACACCUGCUACUCACUCCUGUAACUGGAUUUCUAGGGUGCUGUUUCCAAGGUUUUCGAGGCUUGAGAUGGUUAGGGACAGGAGAAGGAUCUACCAACAGGAGGAAGAGGGAUAAAGUUUAACUGGAAUUGAAACCUAUGAAGUGGACCAAUAUCUCCAUCGCCCUCCCACGCACCAGAACACUAGUUUCACCCCCGGUUGGAGGCGUUCAUUCUGGGGGGGCUUUUACACACUAAACAGGGCUUCCUAAUCUGGAUGAAAAAGCCAGAUGCUCAUUGCAGAAGACUGUAGUUGCUAGUGAACUGCCACCUGUGUAAAUGAGAAACCAAACAGAAUCAGGACUCCAUUUCCAGUAGAAAGAUGCUCCUUUACUCCCUUUUUCCUUCCACUCCUGAUCAUUCCUCUCAUGUAGCGCUUGCAACCAUGUUAAAAAAGCUUUGUCUAAAUUAUUUUACAUUUUAAAUUAAUGUAUAUUUAUUUACAUUUAGGUUACCUGUUUAAAAAAAGAACUUCCUCUCCAUGCAUCAUAUCAGCUUCCAAUCUACCUGUACCAGAUGUCUAUUACUUUCAUCUCAAGGACCUUUUAGACAUGUACAAAUACAGAACAAAAAAAAUAAUAUAUACUGUAUAGUAUACAAUAUGUAUAAAUAAUGUCUAAUGUGCCAUUUUCUACUAUUACACAGGUAUACAGCUUGUGCUGACCAAUGGUUUUCUGAAGUCCUUAGUGCGGUUUUUGUACAGAACACGCUAGGCUUUGAGCAUUAGCAGACCAGUGGUCAAUGGUGUCCGCCCACUGAUUGAAGCCAUUCAUCUAACUGUGAUUUAGUGUGUCUGUGGUGGAGGCUGAAUUCGCUGCUUCACCAAAUCGAACUGGAGACCUUGUCACAUCUCUGUUUCAAGUCUGCUCACUAAGGACUGGUCCUGCAAGGGCAUCUAAAUGUGGAUGCUGCGCUGAAGGGCCAAGACAACCGCUGACUUUGCAAAAGGGUCUCUCUGCCCCAUCCUCCAUCGUAAACAUCUGAGUUUGAUGAAGAUGAUGUUGGUAACGAUUGCAAAAUGCACCUACCUGCAAGUUCCACUGCUAAGGAAUCUCUGGAUGCACCAAGCUGGACUUCAGUACAUGAAAGACGUUAUAAAGAACGUUAUUUAAAAAACAAAACAACUAAGAAAUACAAAAACCUUCCAUGAAUGACCUGUGCUGCUUCGACUCCAUUGCUUCCUGCCUACCCACUUACCAUUGUCCCUGAAAUGUCUCAAAGCUCAAACUCUGUUAGACCCAAGUGCUGCCUUUUUUAAAA